AAUAGCGGGGGACACGGCGGGUUUUUGAAAUUUUGUUGUAGCUACGUCGCUAGAGAGUGGUUACACUUAAUUUGUUGAGUGAAAUUAGCUGUUUUGGGAUUACAGUUUGAUCAAAGAUUGGAAGUAUUUGGUAAAGUGUCAUUUCAAAGCUUUUGGUUCUUCGUUUCGUGGAUUUUAGCAUUUGUUAUUCGGUAGCUAGGUGGUUAGUGCUGUUGUGCUCUUUUUCUACUCCGUAAUGUCAUUUUCUAAAGCGCCUAUUAAGCGAUUUAACGACCAUGUGGGUUGUGCUCCACCUCCUGGAACUUACGAUGUUAAGUUGUUGGAUGGUUCAAAGGUUGCAUCGUUUGAAAAGUCUCCAAGAUUCAAGAGAAAUAAAGAUGGGUCCAUACUGAUCUGUGCAGGAAGUGAAAAUGAUUUGAAUACUGCAGGAGCUUUGAGGAAGCCACAGUCCUUUGGAGGGCUCUGUUCCUCCAGAGAGGAAGCAUUAAAAAAGGAACGCCAGAAGCAGAAGAUCCUGGAGAAAGAGUUUUCUGAUGAUACAACGAAGAAAAAGCUAAACGCUCUUCACAUGGAGCUAAUUGAAGCAAAGAACAAGAUUGAUUUGAAGGACAAGGAAAUUGGUUAUCUCCAGAUAACUUCUGAAGGACAAGUGAAGGUGCUUAAAGCAGAUUUGGAUGCUGCAAAGUCUUCCUUGAUGGCAGUAGAAGAAAGAAACCAGUUUCUUGAAGAAAUUCAUCAGGAAGCAAAAUCCCACAACGAGGACUUGGAAAAGGAAAUGGAUAAACUGCAUGCCCUUGUAGAAGACCUUAGAGAAGAAAAUAAAAUGCUUCAGGGAUACUUGGAUGAAGCUCAUGAUCAGAUUCAGGAUUUGCAUUUGCAGUUAAAUUCCAAAAAGAAGGAAGAAGAAACCAAGAUCCAUACCUUGCAGUGCAGUAUGGGAGAACAGAUCAAGGUCAUCGAAUCUAAACUGGAAGCGAAGGAGAAGGAGUUGGAAGAAAGCCUGAAACAACUGGAACAAUCCAAAGAAGAAGUAAUUAAACUUCAGGAGAAGAUUGUUGCUAGUGAGCAGGAAAAAGAAGAGCUGCUUGAAGAGAAGUCAAGAACAGAAAAACAGCUUGUUGAAUUGCUGAGUACUGUAAGCCAACUUUCUGAACAAGUUGAGAAGCACAAGCAAGACUUUAUGCAUUCUGACGAGCUUGCAAGACAGACAAAAGAGGAGCUUACAAACCUAAAGCACAUACUAAAAGAGAAAGAAGAGAAACUUUCAAAUGAAAUCCGGCUGCUAGAAGAAAACUACCAAUCUGUUCAACAGGAGAAAGAGACUGCAGAAGUAAGUUCCAAAGAAAUGGAAGAACAUUUGAAAGCUGAAUUGGAGACCUUGAAAGAGAAAUGUGGUGGACUUGAAAAAGGGCAGAGUGAACUACAAAAAGAAAAAGAGGGACUUGCUUUUGAACUUCAGCAAGAAAAGGAGGUGUCAGAUUCCCUUUAUCGACAAAUGAUCCAGUUUCAGGAGGAAGCACUGACUGAGAGGCUGAUGUUGGAAGAAGAACUAGAGGGAGCACUGACUGAAAUGGACCAGUUACAAAAUGAAGAGAUGCAGACUGAGACACUGAUCAAACAACUUGAGGAGCAAAAUCGAUUGGGUGCUCUUGAACUGAGCCAGCUACAGGAUGAGCUGAAUGUGAAAAAUGCAGAGUUGGAAAGGAUUAAUGAACUGCACAGUAGAACCACCAAUGAAAUGAAGGAAGAAUGCAGCAUUGCGUUAAGGAAAUUGGGUGAGGUCACUGCAGAGUUUGAGAGGUACAAGAUGUCCCUGUCAAAACAAAUGCAGAGUCUUGAGAAAACAAACUGCUCUCUGCACGAAACAGUGGCAGAGUUGAAAAAGGAUCUUCACAAGACAGAGCAACAGUUAUCUGAUGUUCAGCUUUCAAAAGAAAAGGCUAAAGAAGAGUACGCCAGGAUGCUGUUGGAAGUUCAGACCAAACUAGCACAGAAGGAAGCAGAUUACAAAAAACAUGUCGACUCCUACAGUGGCAAAGCCUCUGAGCUCCAGAAGAAACUAGAUGAACAGAAGGGGGAGUUUGAAGCAGAACUUCAGCAGCUGGAGAUGUUACAAACAAAACAGGCAGGAAAUGAAAAGUUUAUCAGUGGACUUAAAGAAGAAGUACUAACUUGGAGAAACCUUUAUGAAGAUCUUCGUAAUAAAGUAAAGCCAUUCCAGCAACAACUGGAUGCAUAUGAAGCAGAGAAAAAUGCCAUCCUAAAUGAACAUGGUGCUGCCCAGGAGGAGCUCAACAGACUGAGUGAUGCUUAUGCCAAGCUGUUAGGUCAUCAGAACCAGAAGCAGAAGAUAAAGCAUGUUCAGAAGCUGAAAGAUGAAAACUCCACGCUUAAACAGGAGUUGUCCAAGCUACGAAAUCAAGUGGCCCGGUACAAGCAAACGGAGAAGCAGCUUCAGGAACAGCUGAAUGCCUUGCAGGGUGUCAAGAGAUUUGAUCCUUCGAAAGCCUUUCAUCAUGACAGCAAAGAGAACAUUGCACCUGUGACACCACUUCGUGAAGGCAAGAGGAACAUCUACUGAAUGUGUUCGUGUUAAAUCUGCUGGUGCUGCUCUCUGCUUUACUGUGAAAAAUUCCCAAACGAGGAUUCUUCAUCUGCGAGAGAGAGCAGGAUAUUUGGUGUAUACUGUAUUAUGGGCAGUUUGUAUUUAAAUGUAUGUUUGCAAAAUGUGCAUAAUCAAUUCAAAGGGUUUGUUAGGACAGUUCCUCUCUUAAAGCAGAAGUGGCAGCAUUCUUAGCUAAUUUAGUUCCCUCCCAAUUCAGGUGCAUGACCCAAUUCUGUUUGCAGACUACUAUAUCUUGUUCUUUCAUAUUCCUUACCUUUCCGUUGACUCAGACUCCAUCUUAUCCGCAUUGUUUGACUUUCACUAGACUCUGAGUGAGGUUGUAUUUGGUCACAAUAUAAGGAAUUAUGUAGCCAAUGUCACAGAGCAAAGCCUGCUUUGAGAAAAAUAUUUAAAAGCCAUCAAUGUGCUAUAUUGAUUGGACCUCAUUUGUCUGCCUCAAAGAAGCUGCUUUUAAAAUAUGUAUACAUUUUAUGAAAAUCUGUUCUAGAAAUGUAAGUAUUGUUUCAUGCUCAGCACUGAGGAAAAACAAUCAUGAAAAUAUUUAACUGGAUAUAGCUGUAGAACUUGAGGGGCCCUCUAUGUUGCUUGCUGGGCUAUGUCUUGCUUUGUCCUCAAACUGUUUCCAAAAUGUCACUGUUCCAUGUGAAAUGCUGCUAUCUCCUUUGAUCCAUAUAUAGUUGUACCUACAUCAGGGCCCGGGGGGGGGGGGUGCAGGUUCAUCCUCUGUUCUGUGUAGUUGUUCAUGCAGUUUAAAUAUCUUGUGACUUUUUGGGUGGGGGGAGGCUUCUCCAAGUUAGAUGCCUAAACAGCAUAGACUAUUAAUGGGUAAUUGUGGCCACUAGACCUUCGGUCAGGGCCAUCACAGCAGUUGUCUUGCUUGCCUUCAGACUGACACACUACUUCUGUGGCUGUCGCAAAUGCCAGUACUUUGGCUUCUUGGGUUAUGUCGGUACUAGAAAUCCUUAAUUCCUUUGCUAGUGUGUAGUAGUAGCUGGAACCUUGUGCAAGGACCAUGUGUGGGAGGGGGGAUGCUUAUUCUAUUGGUUGUGAGUAAGAGAAGCAGCAGAUGGUGAGGUAUACAGAGGCCUGUUUGUAAGCCUAGGCUUGGCUCUGCUUCAGAAUGCAUCAUACCUGCUGUGGUGUCUCAUCUUCACCUGCAAAAGGCCAUCAUGCUCAGGGAUUGAGUUCUAUGCUGUACUCCUUAACUGCAGAGAAGCACAAGCCCUCCCUGCACUUGAUGUGUGGAGCAAGACCUGUGGUGCAAUUUCUGUUUUACCUUUCUUGCCGGGGGCAGGCUAACUGUGAAAUAAGCAGGGAAUUAGACCAUUAUUUUUUUAUUUUUUUUCUAGUUCUGAAAUUUGACCCUGGAUGUUUCCUUCUUUAGUGGUUGGCCACUGAACCAUUAACGGUAUACUUUUGUUUUUGUGGCUUUGAAACUUACUUAUUGCAGUACUUUCAUUCUUGAAUUUGGCCACUUCAGUGUUUGCUGGAAGGAUGUUUUGUUGGAUGUAGAAGAGAUUAUAGUCAAGUGCAAUACUGUCAUUAGUACCUGUGCUAUCCGAUUUUUAUUCUUUAGCCAGUAUAAAACUGUGAUGAAUGCAGCCUAUAUCACCCCUUUCACAAGAUUCUGGUAACUGUCUGGGCUGUAGGCGGAAAAAGCUGUCUUCAGAUUCCUCAGUAUUUGCACAGCCAUAAGUGUUGUGGGAGAUUACUCUGUCGGACUGAUAUAAACAGGUUGCCCUUUUUCAUCUUCCCUACUUUUGUGGAAGUCAACUCUAGAGCAGUUCACAUUGCUCUCCUUAAAUGUGGCUUUGCUACCUUUAGUAUGGAAGAUAGUACUGGGUGUUAUACGUUUGCUAAGAUCCUUUUAUUAACUACUAUUCUUGCUGCUUACGAACACCCCAAAUCUGGUCCUGCAACACCUUGAGAGUGCAUAGUGUGUGCUUGUGCAGUACUUUUCACCCAACUUUGCAGAGCAGAUUUCCUUUUUUGCCUUUUGCCCAAUAUUGGACUUUGAAGCCCUAGCACUUGGCACUCUUCCCUUUCAACUGGGAAACAAAGGCUUGUGGAUAGAUUUGUCAAAAAUUCACCUUGAUUGUGGCUGUAAUUAUUCUUUGGUGUUUCCAUAGUGUUGUUGAGCAAGCUAUAAAUUAAAUGCUUUUUCCAACAUUGUGUACUGUGAUUCUGUACAAAACCCAUUAUUGCUAUGCUAUAGUUCUUUGAGGGUUUCAGAUUGCCUUUUGUAAUUCUGGAACUGCAGGUACAGUGGCUAGAACUGUGGCCAUAUAUUUUUCUGCCUUUAUUGGUUCAGCAUGGCUCAGACUAUCAUCAUUUCAUGGGAAACUUGCAACCUGUUCUGGAUUCUCCUCUUGGGAGUGUGGUGCUUUUGACCAUAUCCUUAAGGGGUGAUUUAUUACCAGCAGAGGAAUAAAACGCUGCUCAUCUUUGGAGAUUUUUUUUUCUUAAGCUUUUAGACAAAUAGAAAAAAAAACUUACAGGUUCCAAAGAUGUUUCAGAGUCCAGACUACCUUGACUGUCUUCCCACUUGUCCUCUAUAAUUCUUUAUUUUUUCACCAGUCUUGACUUGUACCCCUCAUGUUCUAGUACAGGCAGUCCUCUGGGUUUGCUAAGGGGGAGAGUCUUCAUCUGGUAGAUGUGAACACUACAUUCUUAGAGGUCAUACUUUAGAACUGCUGAGGCUACAAGCACAUCCUCCUCUGGCAUACCACAAAUGUUAAAAACUACUGUUGUCUGUCCUGUUCUUGCUGUAGUUAUAGUAGAUAAGACACAUGGGGAAUGGUAUUUUUCUCUAGCAUGUUUUUGUCCUGUAAGUUUUUAUCUGGCAGUGCACAAUUCUGGAUUUAAAACUUUUACCUUUGCAUCAGUUAUGUGAGGUUUUGCAUGGACACUUUCUGUCUCUGUUUCAGUAGUGCUUUUGGGUAUAAUCAGUAGGUAUUAUACGUCACUUUUGUUUGUCAUCUUCUAUUAGCUGUGGUGCAGUUGCCUUUGCUUUAUUCUAGUCAUACAUCUCUUUCAGUAUGGUGUGCCUCUGUGUGUCCUUUGUUUUACUGCCCUCCAUGGUAAUGCUGGUUUACCAGCAGUGCUGUUUUGUGGUACAUCCCUGUGUGAAUGACUGGCUGCUGCUGGCUUUUUCCCUGGCCUUGCUUUGUCUGAAGUCACUAAAGACCACUUAACUGGGAAAAGUCCUGCCUCCAUGUUAGCACAGUACAUACUUUUAUAAUGGAUUCUGAAUAAUGUCUGGUGCCAUGAUUUCCUCCAUUCAGAGAGAACCCAAAUAUUCUGAAAUCUGUCUCCUGGUUGUGGCAUAGAGACCACCUCAGCCUUGUUUUCUAAGACUUCUUGCAGUGAAAUUAUUCAGUCCCACUGAUGUGACUUCAUAUGUAGAUCCUACAUUGGACCCUUAACUGACCACCUCUUUAUUGUCUUUACUGAGAUUCUUAGGAUUAGCAAGUCUGUCUGCAGCCUGAAUAUUUUUUUUCUCUUCACUCUCCCCCUUUCCCAUAUAGAGACCCACAGAAGAAUAUGUAGACUUUGGCAAUUAAAGACCACAUAUGGCUCACACUGGCCAUUUCUCUUAUGAGAUAUCUGCAUAUAUUAAGCCGUCAGGUUUUCCUUUUCUACUACCUAAAAUUAGAAUAGCUUUGUCUUUCCCAUGCAUUCUUGAUUUCUUUGUUCUCAUUGUAAAGUUACCUUCCCAGGAUCAUGGUCAUAUUGCCCUUUACAGUUGAAAAAGUGAGAGAGGAAAUAAGAGGGCCAAGAACUGACAAUACAGGGGCACAAAUAUACCUUCCUUCCCUGCAUAAGGAUAUCGUACGUAGGCCAAAGGGGCAUACAACCACGUGUGUAUUAUCUUUUGAUCUUGAACCACGUGAGAGAAUGGAGAUGCAUUUUUCCACUCAUUUUGAAUAUCAUGUGGCACAGUGUGAAGACUUUCAUUUCUGUCUCCAUUUCUUUUUCUUAAUAUGAGAAACACACUGCUAUCUUUUUUCUUAAUAUUUCCUUUUUGUACUUGUCCUGUUCAUUGUUUAAUUAUAUCAAUCUAUAUGGUGUUCAGAACAGCAUUUUCACCAUUUCUUUUUGGAGCAGUGCUAGACUGUUAGUGGAUUUACUGCUUUAAAAGACUUCACCAAAUGUCUCCAGUUAUCCACAAAAAAAUACAUGAUCCCAUCACAUUAUGCAGCCCAAUGUUUUUUUUAAAAUACAAUAAAAUCAGUUUGUGAAUAAAAACGAGCACAAGUAUUUUAAUAUUUUAUGAACCUCACACAGCCACUGUUUUAACUUUCUAGACAUUGUUUAUUUUUAAGACAUUAUCACUGUACUAACUUAGUCCUAGCACUUGUCUUUAAUGGUUUGCAGGGGUGCUUGAAGGUGUACAAUGUCAAAAGCUGAGAUCUAUGCUUUAUGUAGUUUUCUAAUUGUUUUAUAAAUGUUUUGUGGAAAAUUUUAAGUGUAAAUUUGACAAUAAAUUUUUUAAUUAAA